UACAAAAAUAAUUCCGUCGACUCUCUCUCUCUCUCUCUCUCUUGCGUUGAGGAAAGCUUCGCUCGACGACGAAAAUCCCACUGAAAUUCUUCCCUCGAACUGCGAGUUCACUCGGAAUUCGAUCUCCUAUUCCAUUUCUCGAGCUAUUUUUAGCUGCGAAUUCGUGCUUUUUUUUAAUCCUUUUUCCCGUUAUUUUUUGGCGUCGUCCGAGUCCAUAUUCAGGUGAUCUUUCUGGUUCUUCACUUGAAUUCGCGGCGGGGAGUUGAGGAAUUUCGCGGGAAGAUGCAGGCGGAUCAGAGACGGAAGACAUCAGAAGUGGAUUUCUUUACUGAAUAUGGAGAAGGCAACCGGUACAAGAUCGAAGAGGUUAUUGGUAAAGGGAGUUACGGAGUUGUCUGCUCAGCUUAUGAUACCCAUACGGGAGAAAAAGUUGCCAUUAAGAAGAUCAAUGAUAUUUUUGAACAUGUCUCUGAUGCUACCAGGAUUUUGCGUGAAAUUAAGCUGUUGAGACUUUUGCGACACCCUGAUAUUGUAGAAAUCAAACACAUUCUUUUGCCUCCUUCUAGAAGAGAAUUUAAGGACAUUUAUGUGGUGUUUGAACUCAUGGAAUCAGACCUUCACCAGGUUAUUAAAGCUAAUGAUGACUUAACUCCAGAACAUUAUCGUUUUUUCCUUUAUCAGCUUCUUCGAGGAUUGAAGUACAUACAUUCAGCUAAUGUUUUCCACCGAGAUCUCAAGCCGAAAAACAUUUUAGCAAAUGCAGACUGCAAACUCAAGAUCUGUGAUUUUGGUCUUGCAAGGGUUGCAUUUAAUGAUACUCCUACAGCAAUUUUCUGGACAGAUUAUGUGGCAACAAGAUGGUAUAGAGCUCCUGAAUUAUGUGGUUCCUUCUUUUCGAAGUACACUCCUGCAAUAGAUAUCUGGAGCAUUGGUUGCAUUUUUGCUGAAGUUUUGACUGGCAAGCCACUCUUUCCUGGAAAAAAUGUGGUCCACCAGUUAGAUCUGAUGACAGAUUUGUUAGGGACACCUUCUGCAGAUGCCAUUGCCAGGGUUCGAAAUGAAAAAGCUAGGCGCUACUUAGGCAGCAUGCGCAGGAAGAAACCGAUUCCUUUUACACAGAAAUUUCCAAAUGUGGAUCCUCUUGCACUGCAUUUGUUGGAAAGAAUGCUCGCGUUUGAGCCAAAGGACCGGCCAACUGCCGAGGAGGCUCUGGCAGAUCCAUAUUUCAGGGGUUUGGCCAAGGUUGAGAGGGAGCCUUCAGCUCAGCCUGUUACGAAAUUGGAGUUCGAAUUUGAAAGGAGAAGAAUAACAAAGGAAGACGUAAGGGAGCUCAUAUACAGAGAAAUCCUUGAGUAUCACCCGAAGAUGCUAAGGGAGUUCUUAGACGGUACUGAAAGUGCAGGUUAUAUGUAUCCAAGUGCAGUCGAUCAAUUUAAGAAACAAUUUGCCUAUCUUGAAGAGCACUAUGGGAAUGGUUCGGUUGUUGCUCCACCUGAGAGGCAACACGCAUCACUGCCAAGGCCAUGCGUCUUAUACUCAAAUAAGACAACACAGAGUUCUUCCGAUGUUGGAAAACCACUAGAAAGGAGCUCUGGGCCCACACCAACUAAAGAACCAAUUCAAGCCCCUCAGAGAGUCCUUCAAGGUGGUGUGGCAAAACCUGGUAAAGCUGUUGGUCCACUUUCACGUUACAACUGCUCAACAACAGCUGUGGAUGUAUACGAGCAAAGAAGAGGGACUAGGAAUUCGGCCAUUCCUGCACAAUAUGGUCCAACUGGGUGUUCCUAUCCACGAAGAAGCACAGGCAACAGAAGUGAGAGAGAAGAGGAUGAAGGAAAUGGCGGCCUCAACGUAGCUCAGCCAAAGCCUCAAUAUCUUGCCAGAAAAGUGGCUGCUGCAGCCCAGAGUGGUGGCAGUUGGUACUGAUGCUAUUAGUCUUAAUUUGGUGGGUUUCUGGUAAGUGCUGCCACAUAAGCAGCAGAAUCUCAUGGUUCUCUGUGAUCUCCGCUCUCCUGCCAACAGUGCCAGGAGAUGUUAAGUCAUGCUUCCAAAUCUGCUUGUGUUCGUCAUUUCUGUCGGUGGAGAAGUAUGACGGUGCACAAUAAUAGCCAUGUGAUAUCCGUCGGCCGGUGCUGCUGGGGCAAAUGUGGGGAAAGUCGGGUGGUCAAAAUGGGUUACGAGGACGGUUUUCAUGAUUGUUUCCGUUCCAGACAAUGAAAAUUUAUGAUUGAUGCUACUAACUAAGCAUUUUUAUUUA